AGUGGUGGUCCGACAGAGAUGGAGAAAAGCCAACCCUGUUCGGACUCUCAGAAUUCUCCACAGGGUCAGCCCAGAGAAGCGGAUCAGAUCCACCCCCAGACUUCUGCUUCAGCCGGACCUCCGUCAGAGUGCGCAGACCCUAAAGAAACUCCCGAGGACUCGGAGAGCCUGAGCGACUCUGCUGCCCAGCUCCAAAACAAGUCUCUGUGGAAACCCAUUCCCCCUCUGCUGCCUGAGUCCCAAAGGGACCCCAACUCUGAUUUCAGGGACCAGAGCUGCCAGACCGAGGAGACAUUUCCACCGACCACUGCCAGCAACCAUAGUCAUAACACAGGUUUCUGUGCGGAGCCUGGUGAUCCUCCCCUGCUCCAGCAGCCCCUGCAGACCUCCAAGUCUGGGAUUCAGCAGAUAAUUGAAUGUUUGCAAUCAGGCACCAGUCAGCUGAAAAACAUGCUGCUGAGAGAAGUUGACACCAUCUUUGAGUGCAAAGUGUGUCGUAGUCUGUUCAGAGGCCUCCCAAACCUCAUCACACACAAGGAGUACUACUGCUUAACACGGCUGCCUGAUUCUGACGGGGAUGACAGACAGAGUGUAGCCAUGAAGGAUUUGUUGGAAGCUAUUUAUCCCAGAGCCCCAGAGUAUGUGGUCCAACUUGAGCCCAUUCAAACCACCACCAAGGCGGUCUUCCAGUACCUCACCACAGAGGAAGAACUGGCCAGAUAUCCUUCACGCACAACCAGUGCCAGAGAAAGUCCGGUAGCUUGGGAGGGAGAAGCAGAGGAGAGUGUGGAAAACAAUCAGGCCAACCAGCCGAGCGGAUCAGAGACCCASAACAGUCCAGGACAAAAGAGAUGGGAGGCUGAUGAGGAGCCCAAAGAGGAGCAGCCAAAGCCUGAAGACGAGGGCUCCAACAGUGGGGUUGAAGAUGUGACGAUCUCCUGUUGUCUUUGUGGUCAAGACUUUAACUCGCGCCGCAGCAUCAGGCGUCACUGCCGCAAAAUGCACCAGACGAAGCUGGAGGAGCUUCGAAAGUUCACCGAAACACGCACAGUUCCUACAAGUCUGCUCUCAAUGGUGAAAGGUCGGACUCGGACUCUCAGCACGCCAGCUGGAAAAUCCUGCCCGGUGUGCCUGAAAACCUUCGCCACCAAAGCCAACGUGCGCCGCCACUUUGACGAGGUGCACCGCGGCCUGCGGAGAGACACCAUCACCCCGAGCAUCGCCUCGCGGCCCGGCCAGCCCUUCACGCUGGAAGUCACGCCCCCCAGGAGCAAGAGCAACAGCUCGUCUCCGACACGCGGCCACAACUCCAAGUCCACGCCUGUGAACUCUACGACCAACACCCCAAACAAAAACCAAGGGAAACCUCAGAGUCAGCCUGCAGCCUCGUCCUCUCCGGCCAACACAGCCUCGUGUCGCUGCACGCUCUGCAAGAGGACUUACAGCUCUCAGCUUAUGUUGAAGAGACACAUGCGUAUAGUCCACAAGAUCUACAGCAUCAAAGGUAACAAGUCUGCUGCCACACCGACCCCCCCUGCUGCCACGGUAACUACUGCCAACAGCAGCACCAACACAAACACAGGUCUCAGCAACAACAUCAAAGUGAAGGAGGAGGCAGUCGAGCCCUCAGAUGACGAAGAGGAUAAGGACAUUGAUAGUAGUCCUGCUCCGUCCCCCCCRGACACCAGCACAACUAAAGGAGUUUCACAGAACGCCAUAAAGGUGAAGGAGGAGGAAGCCCCCUCAAGCCCAAAGAUAACUCCGCCCACACCUUCGUCGUCGUCCCGCGGGGGCAACGUGUUCAGCCCAAACAUGGCUGCCAAAAUGACCAAACUGUCGGUGGGCUUCGACUUCAAGCAGCUCUUCUGCAAACUGUGCAAACGUCAGUUCAGCUCCCGCCAGAACCUGACGAAGCACAUCGAGCUCCACACCGACGGCAACGACAUCUUCAUCAAGUUCUACCGCUGCCCGCUCUGCCGCUACGAGUCGCGCCGCAAGCGGGACGUCCUGCGCCACGUGACCGUUGUCCACAAGAAGUCGUCCACCUACCUGGCCAAGAUCAUGCCCAAGCUGGAGAGCCGGGCGGUGAAGAGGCUGGCCGAGGUGGUCCUCAGCAGCAACACCAACAAGAGGACCAGCGGCAACAUAAAGGAGGAGGUGAACGGUCGCCACGCUUCAUCGUCGUCCUCCUCCUCUCCCUCACCUCCUGUCACUCGCAGACAAGAGGGCUCCACGCCCGCUCCGCCCUCCUCCUCCUGUGCUCCGCCCCCUGCCCCCAUCACCAGGAAGCAGCAGGAGCUGUCCUCUCCAGCCUUCGCUCCCUCCCCUCCGCUCACCCGCAAACAGGAGCGACAACAGACGGCACAGCGUCCCCUCAGCCCCCCGCUGACCCGCCGCAGCGAGAAGCACUCGCACACCCGCAACUCGUCCUCCACUGCCCCGUCCAGCAACCAGACCCCUCACACCCGCAGACACGACGUCCAAUCAGAGAGCAGCACCGGGACAUCGUCCACUGAAGUCAGAGUGACAAAGAAUUUUUCCCUGCACGCCUGCGACGAGUGUGGACGGGCUUUUGCGAAGAAGUUGUACUUGGAGUCUCACAAGCGAAGCCAUCGGAAUGCAGUGACGGCAGCAGCCAGCAGGAGGAAAGGAGUCAGCACCCGCUCCAAAUCCCUGGUCUGGUGAAUCAGCCAGUGCUUACAAACUGCCAGAAAUGAAGGACAAUGAGCGACUAACAAAUCAAAUCACUCAACUGGAAAAAGAGCGUGAAGGAAAACGAGAGGAGCUCCGMAGCCUCAGAAAGUCUGAAGGUUUCAGUUCUCCACCUUCUGCCUGAGAGCCGAAAAAUAUCUUUGGAAAGUGAUAUUUCUGUGUAAUUUCAUAACAAAGCCAACCGAUGGCGCUGCUCCCCUCCCCCCAAACUGCUGUACAUAUUUCUCAGCACACCUUUAUUUACUUCUGUACAUAUAGAUCUAUAUGCAGCCACCUGAUAUUUACUGCUUUGCUCCUGAUUCUCUGCUUUUAGCAAGUGGAUACAUCUGUCUUUGUAAACGAGAAGAAGGCAUCAGAAUCUGCUCCACAGAAAACUUUAUUUUUUGUAAAAACAAGAACAUUAAUAAUAAAAGUAAUCGAACCAUUGCCUUUCUUUUAACCUGAUCUGUGGUUUUAGUAGCAUCUCAGAUCUGUGCUGCUGAAUUUAUAAAUUCACACAUGCUAUUGAGUUUGUAAAAACAAAAACAUUUUCCUCUGUAUUACUUAUUCCCUCCUCGCAUCCAUUUCUCAGGUGGUUGUUCACUGUUGUCUGCUGCAGGGUGAAACUGGACUCCGUGUUUCACCAGAAUUUCCAUUUUAUUUUCAUUUGAAAGACCCCGUUUGCCUCAGUUAUGAAAAUGUCUUUAAUGUUUUCUGUUAAUACAAAAAAAAAAAAAAAAAACAACCGCUCGCUUUUUCUUGCGAAAGUGCUAUAGUCUGAAAUAUUAAACCCCCAAUGAGCUUUAGCCUGAGCAUUCAAUUUGAGGUUUUAACUCCACCUCUCUGUAUGAAAUAUUCACCUCUGUAUUCUUUCUCUUUGGUUGCAUUAAACCUGGUAUUUAUUUGGAUGUUUAAAUAAAAGAAAAGGAAUAAUUCAGGAUAAGUGACCACCCGUUGUGCUGGGAACAUCCCUACAGUGAAGCACGGUGGUGGCAGCGUCAUGGUGCGGGGAGUGUUUUUAAUCAACUGGGAAUGAGAAGCUGCUCAGAGAUGAAGCAAAGUACUAAUAAUUAAUAAUGGAAUAAUUUAAAGUAAGAUUUUGUCCUUAUUUAACUUUAUCAGUGUGAACUGUUGCUUUUAAUUAAGUCAAAAAUCCAGUUAAAUCCCAGUGUUUGAUGCAACAAAACAGGAAGUUUAAGAAAACUCAGCAGGGCUUUUGGUUCCAAAUCACACCAACAAUUCAGUUUUUACCACCUACAUGCUUACAAAUGUGUUUUUAAUUUAAAAAAAAAAACAGUUAUCAGGAAUUCAUGCAGGUUGCAGCCAUACUGCCUUAGCUCCCAGAAACUAACACCUGAAUUGUUUCCUUUCUGACCACCUUCACCUCCCACCACACAGCAUCACAGGAACACACAUCAGUGCCUGAGCUGAGUCUGCUGCUGAGGCCUAACAUUUCCUAACUGAGAAAAAAAAAACGUUUACACAAACCUUCCUAUUUCAUUAACAAAACAGGAAGAAAAAAUAAGAAAAACACUGGAACUUAUUUAACUGAUAAACUUUUAUUUAAGUCCUUAUGUAAUAGGAUAAACUCUGCAUCAUUUUCUUACAAACAUGCUGUCAUGUAGUCAAACUGCUCCUAAAGGUAGUCGUAGAAACACUAGAAGGAAAAACGAGAGGAGGAAGGACCAAAUGUAGAUAUUGUCUUAAAGUUCACGCAGGAAGCCAUGAAAUGGAAGAAAACCAGAGAGAGAUGAAACCAAACUUUAUUUUUGUAACAAACUGCUUGGACUCCACGUGUAUAAAUGAACUCAUUCUGCGCAGAUGGUAUAAAUAUUAGUUCUAAUGGUCCAAAUGAUUUCCCUGUAAAACUUAACCAUAUGCCUCAGACUUGUCCUCGGACAUCGCUGUUUAUUUCUGCAAGGUUUUGUCAUUUCACUGAUAGUUUUCCACCUUGUUUUGUUAUUUAAAAACUAUGUCAUAUGAAGUUUUUGUUUAAAGUUGUGUUGUUGUUUUAUGUUGACAUAUGUUUAAUCCAAACUCAUAUCUUGUUAAUGUUAUUCUUUAUAGGARGUCUGAAGUAGAGAUUCCUUACAGACAAGAAUGUUAAAACCAACCCCUUCAUAAAUAAAGAGUUACUAAUUCAAA